AUGGGCUUUGACAUUAACGUUUCUCUGGGGGUAAACGGGAGCUCUGAAGAGGAAAUGCUUGAAAGACGGACGUUCACCAUCUUCAGCAUUCUCAUGCUGACUUUCCUGGUCAUCUUGAUCAUCGCUACGUUCUUGUGGAACCUUUUGGUGCUGCUAACGAUCUUCCGGGUGAAGACGUUCCACAGAGUUCCUCACAAUCUGGUGGCUUCUAUGGCUGUGUCUGAUGUGAUGGUGGCAGCGCUUGUGAUGCCCCUCAGUCUUGUCAACGAGCUUUCUGGUCGAAGAUGGCGACUGGGGAGACUGCUUUGUGAUGUGUGGAUCUCCUUUGAUGUUCUCUGUUGCACAGCAAGCAUCUGGAAUGUGACUGCCAUAGCUGUCGACAGGUACUGGUCUAUCACCAGACAUCUGGAGUACACACCGAAAACAAGGAAACACAUAUCCAGCAUCAUGAUCGCAUUGACCUGGGUUCUGUCAGCGGUGAUUUCCUUGUCCCCACUUUUUGGAUGGGGAGAAGCUUACACGGCAGACGACGAGAAUUGUCAGGUUAGCCAGGAGCUGUCUUACACAAUCUUCUCAACUUUUGGUGCAUUUUACCUGCCCCUGUCUGUAGUUCUUUUUGUUUACUGGAAAAUUUAUAAAGCUGCCAAAUUCAGCAUUGGAAGUCGCAGAAGGAACGCUGUUAUGCCAGUGCCAGGGGUAGUACAGGUGAAGGAAGCGUCUCUGGAACCACAGAUGGUGUUUACCGUGCGCCACGCCACCAUCACGUUCCAGACAGAUGGAGAGACGUGGAGGGAACAGAAAGAGAGGAAAGCUGCCGUGAUGGUGGGCAUCCUGAUCGGGGUGUUUGUACUGUGCUGGAUCCCCUUCUUCAUUACGGAGCUCAUCAGCCCUCUCUGCUCCUGUAACAUCCCUGCGGUGUUGAAGAGCAUCUUCCUGUGGCUCGGCUACUCCAACUCUUUCUUCAAUCCACUCAUUUACACCGCCUUUAACAAGAACUACAACAAUGCCUUCAAAAACCUGUUUUCUAAACAGAGAUAAGUCAGUCGGUGUACCUUUCAUCUUUGUGUAUGUAAAACUGAAAACAUAACAGCAAACUGUUGAAAAGCGGCUGCCAGUUUAGCAACUGCUGUCUGUCUGUCCCCUGGACUAAUCUGAAAGCACUGUGAAAUCUGACCAGUUUGUUUUCUUCAGCCGCAUAACAAACUGGGAGACGUUGCCUUUUAAACUCUAUUAGUUUCUCACAUUGCUUUAUAUUUACAGAAUCUCUCUCAAUAAAUGUCCAUAGAAUGUUUAAUCACAGCAAUUUUGCUUAAGAGCAGAUAGUUUUUUUUUUUCUUUCCAUCAGUAGUUAUGAUUAAAAACAUACCAAACAAAUAGGCUCCUUGCUCCAAAGAACAUAAUGAAAAUUAAUAGACGCUACUCAACAUAAAAUAACAUUUGUAUUCAUGUUAUGCCAUUCAUUAGCAUGCUGAACAUUGCACCAAGCACUCAGCAUAUGAAUUUAUAAUGGUACACAGAAAAGCUCAAAAGUAUACUCUUUUAUUCCUGUCGUACUAUUUGGAUCUCAAAUGCUGCAGCAACAAGUCUUUGUGGUUUUAGAAUAGGAGGGCUCAGGUGGACAAUGCAGCAGUGUAGGGUCCUAAAUGAAUGCCAGGACAAUAGUGUCCUUUGUGAGAGCUAGCUUUUAAGCAAAAUAUACAGAAGAGAGAAUAGCACUCUAGCUUAACUUUGAUCUAAGUUACAUUCAUCGGCAAGAUCAGCAUAUGUUCAAAAAGUAUCAGAGUUUUAGAUCAAAACAAGACGCAAUAACAAAAUGGUUCCUGCUUUUUUCUAUUAGAUGUUUUGAUUAUGAGACCGAUUUUAAAAAAAAACAACACAGAACUGUUAUUGAAUAUACAGGUUUUUAGCGUCUAAAAUAUAUUAUGCUUUGUAAUAGAAUAAUUUAAAAUAAAGCUGUUGAAUAGAGAACAUCGUUUAGUAGAUUUGGAAAUGAUUCUGUUUGAUAGCAUAUUACAGAUAUUUAGUGUGUAGUAUCUGUGUAGAGCUCUUGUUACUUAAAUACAACAGUUACUACUCAGGAACACACCUUAGAAUAAUAAUAAUAAAAAACAUUAUCAGUAUUAUACUACAACCUUUCAGAUUUUAUUUUAGAUUCAUUAUGUGCAAUUUACUGAGUUACUGAGGGGUGUGUCUUGGGAUAUAAAAAUCUAUGGAAAGUAGAAGUGGGAGAC